AUGAAUCGGCGGAGGAGGCUCGAGGAGAAGUAAGUACAAACGAAAAAGAGCCACGUCAGUUGGCCAACUACUCAAUGGAAUAUAUGCAACAGGUGGUCGAGUUCGCAGACGCAAAGGACGAAAAGGGAAAGCGACGUCAAUCUUGGAACACUGUUCAUCACCGGUUCAAAUCGCUUCCAGAUAGAGGCUAUGUUAAUCGAUUUCGCCGGUAUUUGGAACAGCACGGAACGAAGCGACAGAAAUCUUCUGAUGUGGAUGCGAUCGUAUAUCAAAAGUUUCUGGAUGCUCGCGAACAUGCACUACCUUUGCACGACGUAGAUCUCCAACGCUGGGCACUGAAAGCAGCUAGAGAUGUCCACUUGGAAGAUUUCAAUGCUUCGCAUGGUUGGCUCUAUAACUUCAAAGUUAAACAUCACAUUGUAUCACGCA